GAAUAGACUUGAUAGUUAUCUCUAAAGUCGUUAAAUCGUUAUAUAAUACGCCAAUUUACGAGCGUUUUAAUAAAAUAGACGUAAAUAAUGAGGUUAUUUAUGUACAAUAUUGAUUUUGCCAUGUCUUCCUAGUAGAAGGGUCGUUUCGAUUUAAAACGAAAUUCAUAGAUUGUUAUUUAUGUAACACAGGAUUAAAUAUCUGAUUCAACCUCAAACUGUGUAUGAUAACGAUGUCACUAAGGAGGAAGUCGUGAUAAAGAUAAAUGCAGAAGUGUAGAGGUACAGCAGAGAUGAAAACAAUUGUGAUACUCCAGUCGGUAAAAUGAAGAAACGAAAGAGGAAGAGAAGAUAUAUCACAACUGUUGAUUACUAAACCAAAACAAAUUAUGAUAAACUGAUAAAAACGAACAUAUGAUAUGAAUAUACAAAUCCAAGCAGCAGAGGGUGUAGAUAUAUCAUUAAUGUAUAUCAAAUAUACUUGACAAAAUGCAAAGUUCUGCUCAAGGACGCAAAACUCAGAACAAAAAUGCAAUAAUUAGGCAACAAAGUGUUGAACUUAUGAGUGAAGGCAAAACACACAUUAUAAAACCUGAAACAGAAAAUGAAAAGCGAGAAACUCAAUAUGGUACUACACACACGAUAAAAGUGGAAAUUGAUGAUGAAGAUCCCGGCAAUGCUGUUUUAUCUCUAGAAAUAAUAGCUAAUGUUUUCAUUGAAGGCGUUGUUUUAUUUGAUUUUGGAAACAUUUUUGUGUAUUUCAAUCUUUGGACUGGUUUCCUGAAAGAUAUAGAGUAUACGGCAACUGAAGAACAGAAGGACAUUUCACUGCUUCAUGAUGUAUACAGCAGUUACAAAACAUUCUUAUUAUACCAGAAUACAGAUGGCAGGGUACUGAUUUUGCCCAGAAACCAAAACUUUCACACAGUAUUUAAACGACUGAGUAAUGUAUUACAAAACAACGAGAAAGUAACUUCAAACAUGGUGGUACGGCUUAAAGAUAUAAACAAACCAAACCAUAGCUGUGAACAAUUCAAAGAGUCUGGACAUGUGAAACAUGACCAAAAGUACCACCAUGUAAAUCACGUAUUCGCCCGGAAGCUGGAAACAAGGUUUAAUGAGAGCGAAAGCGGAGAGAAUGUAAAAGAAGAAGCAGAAACGGAUUUAUCUUACGAAAGAAAUGUAUCGUUAGAAACGUGUAAAGAGAGAACAAAUAUAGGUAGAUUAAAAGUCAAUACACCUUAUCUGCAAAACCCUAAGCAGCUUCCGUGGUUACCGCCAUCCUUUCCACGUGACAGAAUUUUCAUUCAGUAUCCCUUUAAAGAACUAUUUCAAUUACCAGUGCAAGUGUCUGAAGAACAGAGAGAUGAUGAUCAAGCUCAUAGCGAACAAGUUGUCACUCACAAUUAUUCAACUAUCCACAGAGACGACAUUUCAUUUGGACUCAGCCAACCUUCAAUGGGUAAUAAUGGUGUGUAUUCACAUGUUACAAACGAAACACAAUCUGCUGUUCAAGAACCUAGAAGCCUGUUACAGCAUCGUCCCCGUGUUCCGCCCCGACACCCUAAUUAUUCUGACUAUUCGGACAGGUUGAUGUCAUAUACAAACUGGAGGCACAGAACUCCGGAUCCACCAAGACUCAGUCAAGCAGGAUUUUUCUUUACAAACCAAGAGGAUCUCGUGCGUUGCUUUCAGUGUGGCAUUGGGUUAAAAGACUUCUCGCCAGACGAUGAUCCAUUAUUAGAACAUAUAAGACAUUCUAAACAGUGUCCGUUUCUUCCAGAACUACUCGGUGAGGAUAGGUUGGCAAGUUACAAGGAACGACUGCAAACUAUUGAUCCUGAAUACAAUCGUCAACAACAAUGGACUGCGAGACAAAACGGUUCAGUACCCAGUCCAAGUUACCGCCACCCAGAAUAUCAAACAAUGGAAGCUCGUCUUUCUUCAUUUGCUAUGUGGCCUCACCAUAUGAAACAAACACCGCAACAAUUGGCAGAGGCAGGACUUUAUUACACCGGUUUUGAAGACCAAGUGCGAUGUUUUGCAUGUGAUGGUGGAUUAAGACGCUGGGACCCUGAAGACGACCCUUGGACUGAACACUGCAGAUGGUUUCCCGCGUGCCCUUAUGCAUUAGAACAGAAAGGCGAACAAUUCAUAGCUCUUAUUCAAGCAUCUGUUGAAAACGAGGGAUAUGGAGCAAGUGGUGGAGGAGUCCAAGACGUUACAAGUACGAUGGCACAACUCAAAUUGAGAGAAUCUGUAACUGAAUCAAUUAUGACACAACACAGAGCUGUAUGUCUUGAUAUGGGAUACAAGGAACAUGAUGUUAAAGACGCUGUGAAAGAACUUCUAGAGAGAGGAAACGAAACACCUUCACUUGAGGAUAUAAUAGUGUUGAUCGAUGUAAUAAGAGAAAGGAAGCUGAACAAUGGACAUUCAAGCGCAAAUGAAUCACCUUUUGAGGAAAAUAAUCGUCUGAAGAAUAUCGUUUUCUGUAUGAGAUGCAGCAAGAACAAUGUCAAUGCAUUGUUUUUACCGUGUACUCAUCAUGAACUGUGUAUGGCAUGUGCUGAACCUUUAAACGAAUGCCCUGUAUGUCAUAGGGAGAUCAGAGAGAAAAUCCGUACUUUCAUGGUCUAAGUUGCAGCUCUAAUUCAACCCUCGAACGCCUAUCCGUCUGUCUGGUAAUAAAUGUCAUGUAAGCAUAAGCGAUGACACGAACAUUUUCAAAACGGAAUCAUAAAUUAAACUAUGUUUUUAGUGUUAUUGCAUCUAUGUUCCUUUACGUUAAACAACUAACCUACGAUCUGCGAUAUCACUGUACUAAGAAUACAUUUAUACAUUUUACAUUUUUUUACAUCCCAUACUCAUUAAUCAUUACCUGCGGCCGCAGGAAUAUUGGAAUGCAACAAGUAGUGUAGUACAUGGGGACUGGGUGAUUUCACGUGACUUUUUACCGAUAUGCGAUUGGCUUAUCGCAUUUAUGGAACGCCGUUUUUGCGAUAUAGCUGGCACUCUAUGAUAUAUAGAGAAAUGCUUGUAACCUGAAUUCCUCAUUUAUUAUUUCAUAUAAUUGAUUCAAACUUUCAGCAAUGAUCAAAUUUGAUACCUAGUUGUGCAUAAGGGAUAUUUUUGAAUUUAUGGUCCUCGAAGUCCAUGUGAAGGCAUGUGACAGCUCUUGUAAAGUAGUUCAAUAGUCAAGGAAUGUGACCAGUUGAGCUAAAAGUUAUGUUAUACAUGAAAGUAAAAUAUAGUUGUUUUUGCUCAAAACAAUAACUUUCGGAAUUAAGAAAUUCAUAUUUCAUAGAUCUACUUGUAAAGCUUGUAAAAUGGAGUAAUAUUUUCUUCAUUAAAGCGUAAUGGUAUAAUACAAAAAAAGCAAACAACACCAAUAAUUUCUGGUCUGUAUAACUUCUGGCCGCAGGAAAUCUUUCGACUUGUUAUAUUUGACUUUUGGAUUUACGAAUGAGGCUCUGCGCUCAGUGAACUGGUUUAAGGUCCCCACGGCGGUGCUUUUUGUCCCUGAUAACUUUCAGGGCAUUGAUUUAUGUGUAUGUUUCUUCCUUGUUAUCCAAGUAUUUUACUUUUGUAAUAUAUUUUGUGUAUACAUCGAUCAUGUACACAACACUUCUUACACUAUUUUAGGGGGCUGCGCGUGUCUGUCUAAAUAUAUUUUGCUGGCAUAAGUGGUGUACCUCUCAUGAACAGAUACAAAAUCCGAGUCUACCAUUGUUGCUCGCUUGCAUUCUAUACAUGGGAUCUUCCUACAGCUUUUACAUUUUCCUAUUGGGUAUUUAUCCUUGUUUUCCUUCACUUGAAAUUUCAUCUUGUAAAAUUACUUAUUAUUCGUUAUAUUUUGACUUGCAUUAGUACUGACAUUAACCUAGUUCUUAUUGAAAAUUUCUUGGAACACCGUUUUUGAAACCGCCCAUUUUGUUGAAGGAAAGGAAAACACUUUCGUCACUACACUAUAUAAAACAUGAUUCCAUUAAGAUUGUCGCCAGAUAAUAUGUCAGUUAAAUACUGUGCCACAUUUAAAUUGAAUCAGUUGAAGAUUGAAAAUUUCUUGAAACACCGUUUUUGAAACCGCCCAUUUUGUUGAAGGAAAGGAAAACAUUGAUCACAUGUGUAAGAUGUCAAACAGACAUCCAAAACUAAAAAAGGCACGGCAAAUAUUGUUUUAUUACCGACACAUGGAACUUAUAGAUGUGUUUGGUUCUUCCUAUAGAAAGAAAAUUAGUGUCAUCUUUUUAGUUCCUAAAAUAAUUCUUAUCCAAUUUUAUUUACAACUGAGUAUUUAUUUGAAGCAGUCUGCGUUUGUAUCCCAGCGGUAUUUUAUCAGGUUUAAACUAGAAAGUUUAGGGCACAAAUUACAUGUACAACCUUUUCUAACUCGCCUUAGCACAAAGUGCUCUGGCUGAGCUGUUGUGAUCAUUCAACGUCAGUCAAACUUACGUAUACCCGCUGUCCGUAUGUAUGUCCGUCGUCCAUCUGACCACACUUUCCUUUAAGCGACAUAUUCUCUGAAACAAUUUGGUAGAGGUUUAUGAAACUUUAUAUUGAUGAGUUUUAUUGAUUUUACCAAAGUUGUUCAAAUAAAUUCAUUCCAUGCUGAACUACGAAAGGAAAACUGUUUAUUCUUUUCAGAAUCUAUAAGCCAUAUUUCAUAUUAGUUUCACAAAAAAAAACCCUAUUUGGGUAACUCUCCAGCAAUAGUGUUCAGAUUAUUCCAGUGUGGCACAAAACAUGGUCACUAAGCGGCUUCGUCACUUUUCACUAUACUAUGUAUAAAGUUGGAAUCUUAAUGAUCUUCAUCACACCCGACUUUGAUAUAAUUUCACACAAUAGUUCUCUGGAUGAUCACUCUUUUCCUUUACAUGUGUAUUUAGUAAGCACUUUAAAAACUCUUCCUGUCAUAAACUGCUUGCCCGAUUUAAAAUAAUUUCACACACAGUUCCUUUAGUGAUCUUCUACGAUAUUUAUUUUGUCACAUCUUACCAAAAUUGUUCAAUUUAUACAUAACUGAUGAAAGCAGCUGAGCAUAGCAGAAAAAAAUAUUUUUACAACAUCUUCUGCUAAACUGCUUGCUUGAUUUCAACAUAAUUUCAGACAAAUAUUCAAAUUAUUCUGAUUUCUAAAGUCACUUUUCCGUACAUGUUUUCUUGUCAAACACUGCUGGCUGGCCCGAAUUUAGAAUAACUGCAUGCAAAUGCCCCUUGAGUGACUAGCUACGAAGAUUGUUCAAAUUUUUCUGAUUCAUUAAAACUAUGGCCGCCGAUGGCUUGGCCACCUUUUCCUAUAAUGUAAAUAGCGGAAACUUCGAGACUCUUGUUGCAAAAAACUGCUGACCUAAUUUUAGAUGUUUCUUUGGUGACUCAUUACCAAGAAGUUUUUUGUCGAUUUCUCAGAAAAAAAACACGGCCGCCGGAUUUAAAUAUAUAAACACAUCUUUAAUACCCUUCUAAAACCACUGGUCUUCUUUCAUAAGUAUAACAAUAGAAAUGUUCCUUAGGUAACACUUAAAGUGUUCAAUUCGACCCAAUUUGUCAAAAACACUGCUGCCACAGCAGAGGUCUCCAAAUUCCAUCUCUUCCUAAACCACUAGUCGAUUUUUGAAACAAUUUCAUUGAAAUGUUCCUUGAGUGACGACUACUUAAAGGCUUUUAACAGUCAUUUGCCAAAACACGGCUUCUAUGUGGCACGACUUUGUAUGGCGCUAUGGAAAAUUUGAAAAUGUUCUCCUCUUAAUCAACAGUUUAUUUAAAGUAGUAGAAAUAUUUCUUGGAUUGCUUUCUAUCAAAUUUGUUUCCUUAUCUUAGCUGUGAAACUCAGGUGAGCAAAACAGGAUGUACCUAGUCCUCUUGUUUAUCUCAUUGAAAGCUUUAUUGUCUUCUUCUCCCUCUCCGGUGCGUGCACGUCGCGAGAAGGCACGGGCCACCUAUGGAAGUUGCUGGCCAGUAUAUCACUGAACGUCAUCCGUCGGUGUCCUGACAAAGGCCGGAAAUUCACAAUUAAGGUGUUCCUCAAAUUUGUAGUUUUGCCAAAUGAAAACCUUCUGUUUGAUUUUAGCUUUUUCUGUUGAUUCCUUGUAAAGUAUUUUACCAUAACAAUAAAUUAUUAUUAUAAUUCUAAUGAACUCAGAAGAUGAUACUAGGUACUCUUUUACUUUUUAAGAUAUUUUAUUAGUUUUCAACUUAUCGUCAUGAACGACUUUGAUGAGGUAUUUUCCAUUGUAAAUGUCAGCCAUUUUUUGACACUCAUGUGUGCAUAUUUUGACAUUAUUUGUAAACGGAUUGUUAUAACACGUUCAUGAAAGCACACAAGCAACAUUUUUAUGAUAUAGACGGUAAAAUUUUAUACAAAUGCAUUCUUUUUUUCUUUGAAAUAGUAAUAAAACUGACAUAAAAUAUCUUAAUUUUUUUAAUGAUCCUGAUGCCAAUUUCAGUGACCUUUCGAACGGUGUAUGGAAAUAUGGAUCUUGCAAAAUAAAGCCACAAUCAACGAAAAUAAAUCAUGUUACGAGUUAGAGGGAUCAAACAGUAAAAUAUUGCAAAUUUGCCGUGUUUGUAUUUGUCAUUGAAUCAAAACGACUAUAAGUGAUGCUACUCAAUAACUGAAAUACAGUAGUUUGGGAAUUAUUAGCUGUUAAUCCCGAACAGACCGAUACUUAAAACAAGGCGAAUAUGUAUACCGUCUACAUCAUCGCUGAAUAAAAAUGGCAAACAACAGUAUCGAACGCAUGUUUUAACUGCAGGAAAACGUCAAUAGCGAUAUUAUGGAUUUGCAGUUGCAACAUAAUUUGAAUUUUGCUAGUCCUUCGCGAACUGGGAACUAGAAAAUAUUUUGCAUUUUGCCUUUUGAAUCGCAUGAACAAAGAAGUUGAGUUUUUGCAUUGUACAAGUUUUGAAAUUUACAGUAUAUUCGAAUUGCGCACUUCAAAACAUGUUUUGCGUUUUAUUAUUUGAACUGCAAAUUACAAAAUGCAGACACACAAUACUUAUAUUAUCUAUAGUGUGACGUGGCACAUGUUUUAUUUUCAUAUCAUGUCUUCUUUAGGGUUAAGUAUGUCAGUAUGUGUAACUUCCACUUUUAUUGACUUCUUGCACAUGGCAUAUACUUACAUAAACUUCCUUCUGUACUUAAAGUCCAUAAAAACAAGAGCAAAAAGAGAUAACUCUGUCCGCUUAACACUGAAACCCUAGAUCUAUAGCAGUGUAUAUAUGGAUGUGCACAUCAUGAAAGUAUACGCAAAAAUAACAUAGACAAAGCAAAGCAUGUGGACAAAACAAAUAAAUACAGACACUGCCUUGGAAUGGUCAUUAACAAAAGCUGCGCUGGGGAGUUUAAACCUGUUUUAACCUGAUGCAUUUUAAUGUUGCAGGACAGUGAUAAAACUUGCAAGUAUUAAGUUAGUUCUGCACGUUUGGAUCGAAAUUUUUUCUACAAUGUAGAAUUUGAUUAAACUCUGAUUUUUCAAAACUUCAGAAUAUACCUAGAAAAUUCAGCAAGUAAAAAAGAUAGGGUCGUGUGCUUGAUCUUUUGCUAGACUGAUUUGAAAAAAUUGGACCUCAUACAAUAUUUCAUAAUGGGAGUCUAUGGGAAAAUCAUAACUUUCAUAGCGUUUUCGCGAAUAGAAAUUUUUCUACAAUGUAGAUUUUGAUGAAACUCCUCACAGUUGUAAAUAAACACGUGACCUAUAAAUGUAAAGUGUGUGCUUAUUUUUGAGAUAUUUAACUAUGAUUAAUGUGAACCAGACAUUUCACGCUAAUUUUAAGACAAUAUUUUGAUUUUUUAACGUGUCAUAUGUUUUAUUAUUAUACCUCACAUAAAUGUCCAAUGCAAAUUUCCCAUUACUUUAACUUGAAUAAUAUAUCAUAUUCCCCAGUGAUUUUAUAUCACAGGCGCAAAAUCGUUAUUUUCAAUUUCUGCGCAGGUGAUAUGAUCCAUAAUUUCAUAUCACAUGCGCAACAGUGUUAUUUUGUUUUUCUGCGCAUGUGAUAUUAUUUUUUCAUAUCACCCGUUGGGAGAUUGAUACUUUCGCAUUGAUUAAAAGACUGAGUCGAUAAAUUUUCAGACGAGGCGCUUAUAUAAUUAUACGUUAGGAUUAAAUUACCCUUUUCUGAUGCUCUUGCAUGUGCGAACACGGCCGAAUUUUCUUUUUGUUUUUUGAUACGUGCAAAAUAUUUCGAAAACAAUUUUUCAUCAAAUAUUGAAUUGAAACUACCACAGUAAGUUUGGAAAUGAUCUAACUAAGAAAAUGAGUGCUCACACUUAUAUGUUUCGUUUAGAAAAAAAAAGUUAUCGCCGCUUUUCGAAUGCUACUGAUUGACGCAAUGUUGAAAUAUUAGAAUAAAUAUAGGGGUCAGCGAUAUGUAAACAUCUCGACUAAAUCUAUCAAAAAAGUCUUAUUACACAGCAAAGUCGCCACAAAUUAUGAGUGCUAACAAGUAAAGACUCUUUAAUUCUGUCUUCAUUAUUUGGUUAGUAUUUACUUUUUAAUGUUAAAUAAAUUAUUAUGUUGAUUUUCCAGUAAAUGCUUUGACCCGUAUAAGCUUUCGGUAUAAUAAAAUAAAUAUUGCAUUCCUGAGAGGGUGAUAUGAAAAAUGUUCACCCCUCGAAAUAUGAAUAUAGACCUCGGCUGGCGCCUCGGUCAAUAUUCAUAUAUCUCGCGGUGAACAUUUUUCAUAUCACCCUCUCAGGAAUGCAAUAUUUAUAUAAUAUCAUAUUUUGUCUUUAGAAAUAUAGCAACAGUGCCACUGUAAAAACUUACUCACAUGUUUCGAUUAAUUCAUAAAAUUAUUUUCAUUUCCGUACACCGAAUCCAGGCUUUAUCCUACGUUUUCCGGAUAAAUGACGUUACGCCAUCAAUUCCGGUUUAUUAAACGUGCAGAACUACAUUAAACCAUGAUAUAUUUGUAAUAAUUAUUAUCAAUGUAUUGUGAUCAUUUUAGGAUAUUGUUAUGUAAUAUUCUCAUAAAACAUAAUUAAUCUAACAGUUUGUUAUACACUUAUAUGCAUAUCAAUUGUGGAUUACUUCAGCGUAACUUUUAUACGCGUGUGCUCAUGUUUCCUGUUGUUUGAAUACUGAGAAAACCUGUAAAAGAACUUUGAUAAAUCUCCUACAUGAAUAUCACCUUUUAUCUGGGUUGGAGGCUGUAGAAAUGACAGAGAAGACGACAACUAGUCGAGCAAAAAGUGAUUUUUUUUAUCUUACCAUUAAACAUGAAAAGUCUGAUUAUACACAAUAAGAAUUCUGAUUUUCUCUUUUUACCUUUUCCAUAUUACUUUAUUUUAAUUAGAUUAAUUCUAAUCUUCUUUGACAAGUACACAUGUCAGCCUGAGUAAGGAUGACCAGUAAUAUUCGAUAAAAUGCAUUCUACAUAGUGAUAAUCACACUAUAUGCUAUUUCUAAUUAAAGAAAUUGUCCGAGUUUUAUUUUCUUAAUGUCAUAUUCUUACAUUAUCUGCUCUUUGUAUCAUGAACAUGUCGAAUCAAAUAAUGUCUUUUUGUAAUAAUAUGUGUAUAUUGUUGUGUUGUAAAUGCCUUCUUUUACUGUCUAGUAAUAUGCUUAAAUAAAUCUAUGUAUUACUUAAGCAAACAUACGUUUUAAAAAUUUAUGUAACAUUUGAGCGUAACUGGUGAAUGUCUUUAAGUAUCUGUCAGCAAUUUUACAUUACCACGACGAUAGAGAAUAAAAUACUUUCUACAAAACAGUU